AUGAACUGUCUCAUUCAGUUUGAAGACUUUGCCAAUGCCAACGCGUUCCGGCUACUGAACAAAUAUCGCAAUCGUUAUUGCACUUUCAACGAUGACAUUCAAGGUUUCUCAGGUUCUCCUACCAAGGAGAUCAUUACCAAUACAGGUAAUGAUUUCAGCCUGGCUUCUGCUCCCAGAACCUUCACCAAGGCUGCUUUGGGUAUUGCUCACCUCAUAGUGAUGGCACUAGAGAAAGAAGGGAUUCCCAGAGAAGAAGCUGUUAAGAAAAUCUGGAUGGUGGACUCGAAAGGACUCAUUGUCAAGGGCAGGAGUCAUCUGAACCACGAGAAGGAGAUGUUUGCUCAUGACCAUCCUACUGUGAAGACACUGGAGAAAGUGGUGCAGACAAUAAAACCAACAGCUAUUAUCGGGGUGGCCGCUGUGGCAGGUGCUUUCACUGGCCAAAUUUUGAAGGACAUGGGGACCUUCAACGAGAAGCCCAUUGUGUUUGCCCUCAGCAACCCAACGAGCAAAGCGGAAUGCACGGCCGAAGACUGCUACCGUUUGACGGAUGGCCGGGCCAUCUUCGCCAGUGGGAGCCCGUUUCCAAAGGUGACCCUCUCCGAUGGACGGACCUUCUAUCCUGGCCAAGGGAACAACGCCUACGUUUUCCCCGGAGUUGCUCUAGGAAUCAUCGCUUGUGGAGUCCGUCACAUCACCGAGGAAAUCUUUCUCACCAUAGCAGAGGCAAUUGCACAAGAGGUGACAGAGGAAAACCUGGCUGAAGGAAGGCUCUAUCCACCUUUGAGCUCCAUUCGAGACGUGUCCUUCAAAAUUGCCGUUAAAGUGGUUGACUAUGCCUACAAACACAACUUGGCCUCCUGGUAUCCAGAACCGGAGGACAAAGAAGCAUUUGUGAAAAAUCUCAUUUACAGCCCUGACUAUGAUUCCUUCAUCAUCGAUAAUUACCAGUGGCCGCAGGAAGCCAUGAAGACUCAGAAUAUUUGAUGUUUCUCUUUGGUGAAGGCGGGAUAGAGGAAUUUUCCAGUAGCUGUGAACCUUAAGAUGCUAAAGUGUCUUGAACUUCCAACCUUGUAGGAUCUUCAGUUAUUUCUAUGAGCAGCUUCCUUUUUUUAAAAAAAAAGAACAAAGAAACCAAAUAAAUCUGAGCCGGAAAUCAUACAGAGUAAACAAGGACCAAUUAUGCCACCAACGCCCAAUGAACGGAUGUGAUUCGAUGAAAUUCAGAAGGUUCCGUAUUCUCGAAUCUCCUUUCGCAAGUCAAACUGACCUUCCCUAAAUUGGUCCUUUCCCAAUGGAUUAGAACAUCAGCUCCCCAAAUCCCCAUGUCGGCAUGGCACCCUUCCAGGUUGGAGACGGCUGGAUUAGGAAUUUCUGCAGAUUUCAUAGAAAUUGCUCUUGCUAGAUGACUUCGUAUCCAUUAAGCUGGUGUAAUUGCUAUGGCCUUUCUCAGUAAAGGUUACCAUUCAUGGGUUCAGGAGCAAGGGUGGGAUUGAAAAUUUUUAGCAACUGGUUCUCUGAGUGGGCGUAGCCAUGGGGGCAUGGC